AUGACUGAAGCCGAGAAGAAGGUGCCAUUAAGUCCUAAGAAGAUGACUCAGAUCCCGGUACGGGAUCGAGAGAGCUCGGACGACGAGCUCGCCGUAGGGGAGGACGUGACGGCCUUGGUAAAGAGCCCCAUAAGAACGUCAACUCUUCCCUAUGCCGACUAUGCGACAUCGCAUCUUGUUUCCGAAGUCAAAAAUAGCAUCAACGCAACCGAAAGCAAUGAAAAACUUCCCUAUGGAGCCAUUUCGCUAGAAUCACCUCCUAGACGACCCAGUAACGCUGCGCCAGAAGCAACUUUAAAAUCUCCCGCAAAGCGAAUCGGCUGCAUCCAGCUACCAGGAUCUUCCCUCAAGCCGAGGAAUGUCUCGUUUGCUGAUGACACUGCUGCUCCAUCUCAGCUGGUUGGCACUAGUUCUCUUUUCCAAUCUCCUGCUAAGAGACCGUCUUCACCAAUCAAAGGGACACCCAAAAUGCAGAUAGACAUUCCCUCCACUCCAGUGAGAACCGCUGGACUGCCAUCGCAGCUUCUCCUAGCCGAGGAGCUUGAUGGGACAGCUCACGAGGCCUCUGUCACGGACGGCUUGUUCACCGAAUCUAUCGCCAACCCACAAUUUCCGGGACGUGCGGGAGAUGGCCUGGAAAUGGCUGGACAGGAAGACAUAUCCGACCUUGGAGCAGAUACAAUAAAACCAUUUCAGUGUCAGCCCUUGAAGCGUGAUGAACAAUCUUGCGAUUGGUCUUCAGGAACAAAUCAAGACUGUUCCACGCCUACGAAAAGUUCGAGCAGUCCCAAUGGAGAAGUGUUUGGCACUUCGACCGGUGCCGGUUUCUGUGCCCCUGUCGAGUUAGUUGAAGGUUCAGACUUCCAGCUUAGAGACAACUUCUUCGGCCCAAGCCGCGGGUUUGGGUCAGACGUGGAAUCUGAUGACGAUGAAUAUCUGUCCAAGAAACUUCCACCGUCAAUCGACAGCUCCAGAACAAGACGCAGCAGCAAGAGAGAUUUCACGCAUGAUAUCCUUACACAACCGAGACGAUCCGAAAUGGGCCUCACGUCGCUGGCUGGAGAAUUGAGCACCUGGGAGACUGCCAGCCCAAUCAAAGAAGAUGCGGAUGAUUCGAUGGCUGUUGAAGGAGUCGACGAUGAUAUAAACGCUACUGUCACAAGUCAUAGUGUCGCAGACGCCGCAGAGUCUGAACCUUUGCCGAUCAAGGAUACUUAUUUCGAAGAUGAGAUCCUUGUUCAUUUGGACAUUACACGAUCAGAAAAGAGAGGUCAGGGGCGGGAUGAGCGGGAUGAGAACAGCAUAGCCAUCACGACGGAGGAUAUGGCCAUACCUAAUGAGGGUAUUUCUCCGACUGAAGAAACAAACAAUACAUUGCUCAUAUCUCAAGCGCAACUGCCUGAUACUAACCACGGCGAUGAAGCUCUCUCGGAAGCCAGCCAGGAAUAUGGGGAUGAGAAUGAAAGUCCAAGUGAACCCACGCUUCCGACUGUACCCGUUACUCCUACUCGGCAACCACAACGCAAGUCAUUUUUUACAACAACAAAAGUACCUUUAAAGCCCGCAGAUGAUUCCGAGCCGAGUCCGAAAAAUCAAUUCAGCUUUAGCGUCCCCCGCAUCUCUUCGAGGAACGGUGGCAGUCACUUGCCUAAGAGUGCUACAGUAAUCUCAUGGUCGCCGAUGAAGGAGAGGAAGCGGGCUUCCAUCUUACCUGGAGAAGAAUUGUUUACCACUCCAGUCAAGGAUGAUAUUUGGUCGAACGCUGGUACACCUGGCAGGUCUCCUCGCCGUGACGUCAAUCCGGGACUACUUCAAGGCGCUGUGGUAUUCGUCGACGUGCAUACUACUGAAGGCGCAGAUGCCAGCAGCAUCUUCGUUGAGCUUUUGAACUACAUGGGUGCAAAAUGCGUCAAAACAUGGCACUGGAAUCCCAGUGGCCCGGGCAGUUGUGAUGCCGCAUCCAACAAGGUUGGAAUCACACAUGUCGUAUUCAAAGACGGCGGCAAACGCACCAUGGAAAAGGUUCGUGAGACUAAUGGACUCGUCCAUUGCGUUGGUGUAAGCUGGGUGCUCGAUUGUGAGCGAAAGAAUGAGUGGCUUGAUGAGACGCAGUACUACAUCGACACCUCCUCUGUUCCUCGAGGAGGUGCACGGCGUCGCAAGAGCAUGGAGCCAAGGUCUAUUGCCAAUAUGAAUGGAACUAUCGUGUCAUGUUCAGCCAAAUCAUCCAAAACGCCAAAUACCCCGAGGAAUCGCAGGGAGAGCACCUUGUGGAUGCGAACUCCCCCGGGUCGAGAAAACCUUGACGACGAGGACCUGGAGUGGUCUUGCGCAUUGCUGACCCCUGUGCCCAAGACUCCAGCUCCGGAAGCUAUUGCAAGAUAUGCGUCGGAGCUCCCGGAGACGCCAUCCACAGCAAGCGAGUCCGAUAGACCCACGCCAGAGCAGCAGAAAUUUUUGACAAGGACGUGCCCGCCGAAAGAGGGAAGAUAUCAGGAACUGGGGGCCGGUAUUCUAAACCGGGACAAAGAUGAACAGGUUAUGAUGAGGCUGAUGGCAGCUCGACGUAAGAGCCUUCAAUUCGCCCCGAAGAUAGGGAGCCCUCUGGCUAGGACAUGGAACUGA